AUGGGUUCUGCUUUAAGUUCAUACAAAUCCAAGAGAAGAGAUAAGAAAGAAUAUAAGAGGAAACUAAGAGAGCAACUGAAAGAAGCACAAGAACACAUAGCUCGUCUCCAGGAACAACUUCAGUGUGCAAAUAAAUUACUUGAGGCCUUUCAAAGGUCACGCAUCGCCCCUAACGUAGGGCCUGGAACACACAAAUAUCGAGCUGCCACUGAAAUGAUGAGAGAAAUUGAAGCUUUGGAGCGAAAACUUUUCUUUGAGCAAGUUGCUCUGAAUGUUACAGAAAAUAGAUGUGACUUUCUGGAUGACAACUACCGUCUUCUUUAUGACAAUGAGACGAACCUUUACUGGCAGAAGUCAUCCUGUCAAACAAACCUGGAGGCCUUGAAAAAGAAACAAGAGGCCAUUCAUCGAUUUACACCAUUACGUCAUGAACUCUGCGGAAGAUUUUAG